GUUCGACAAGCUAAACUUGACAAUCUGAUUGCUCAACGCCAAGAAGAACAAAAGAAUGAUCCGCGUAGCCCGAAAGAACAACUUGCUGACAAAGUGACUCCAUUGCACGCUAUACCAUAUGAUAAGCAACUCGAGCAGAAACAAGAAUCAAUUAAAAAGAUUCUCGCGAAAUUUCGUAAGGAUAUGCAAGAGUUUCCAAGCAUUGAUGAAGAGACUUCAUUGAUCGUUAAAAAAGAAGAUGACCUUCCAUGUGAACUUUUAAAUAUUAUCGAAUCUCCAAAAACUAUGGGAUACCGGAAUAAAUGUGAAUUCACGAUCGGACAUAAUAUGUCUAAUGAGAAAACGAUAGGGUUUCUGCUAGGCGGGUUUAGUCAAGGAAUGCUUAGUGUAGUGGAACCAAGUGAUUGUGUUCAUAUAAAUCCUAAAGCAAUACGUAUAGCUCAAGUGAUGCAGGAAUAUAUUCGAUCGUCUAUUCACGAUGUAUACAAUCGUAGAACUAAGCAAGGGAAUUGGCGAUUAUUGACGGUUCGAACACAAGAAAACGGUCAAGUUAUGGUUAUCGUCUCUUUCCACGCUCAAUCACUUACCGAAGAAGAAAUCACCACUCAAAAACAAGACCUCAUAAAGUAUUUUACAGGUCCUGUUAAACAACAGGAAAUUAGCGUCAAUUCUUUAUAUUUCCAUAAAAAUUUGGCUGCGUCGGAUGGGUUAUCCUUUGCUGAGGAGAUUGAAUGCAUCUGGGGAGAACAAUAUAUUUAUGAGGAUAUGUUGGGUUGCAGAUUUCGUAUAUCUCCUAAAUCCUUCUUCCAAGUAAACACAAAAGCCACUGAAUUACUAUUUACAAAGUGCCAAGAAUGGGCAUUGGAAGGUACCACAGACAUCAAUAGCCAAAGCACAACAAUGCGAAAAACCAGAUCAGCCCGAAAGAUCGCAUUAUCCCGAAAAACCACAAAAUUGCUGGAUCUUUGUUGUGGAACCGGGACAAUAGGAAUUACGAUGGCGAAAAAAUUUGAUCAGGUUGUUGGCGUCGAGCUUGUGCCGGAGGCGAUUGAAGAUGCAAAGUUUAAUGCGAAGUUGAAUGAUAUUCGAAAUGUAGAAUAUCAUGCUGGUAAAGUCGAAGAACUAUUGAACGUGUUGAAUACACCGAGUCACGAUUCUGUUGUUGCUGUUCUUGAUCCUCCAAGAAGUGGAGUUCAUCCAAAUGUGAUAAGAGCAAUACGAAAAGCAGACCAGAUAAAACGCGUUAUUUUCAUUGCUUGUGACGCGGAAGCGGCAAGAGCGAAUUUUAUAAAUCUCUGCCGUCCUACCUCCAAAGCAUUCACAGGUAGCCCAUUCACGCCAAAAAGAGCUCUUCCGUUUGAUUUGUUUCCGCAUACUGUGCACUGCGAGUUGUUGUUAUCUUUUGAACGAUAG